GUCUUCAAUCCAGGUCCUCUCUCGUCGAGAGGCUAAGGUUCAGCGUGCGGGUGGGUAAACUGCUCGGCGUAGCCCCCCAACCCAUCAUCACAAUCGAAAAUACUUAUGUAAAUAUUUUGCAGAAUAUUGUAAUAAUGCAUCCCCGGCUAGCAGACAACGGGGAGGUCCGCUCUUUCACAAACUGAACGCGGGGAAAGCAUAUUUCUCCCAGCACAAGCCAGUCAACAAACCAGGUCCAUCUGACGGUGAGCCCUUGCUUUAACGGCGUUUCUGGCCGUUGUUGCAAUUCCUUCACAACGACGAACGUCGUAAGAUACCUUCUGGGCCUACACUGAAUUGACAGGACCAUUGUAACUAAAAGCACACACACCACUCAUCCACAACAACAAUGGGUGCAUUUUUGGACAAGCCAAAGAUGGAGAAGCAGAACGCGCGGGGCGACGGGAACGGCCUGCGCUACGGUCUGAGCAGCAUGCAGGGCUGGCGGGUGGAGAUGGAGGACGCGCACACGGCCGUCAUCGGCCUGCCACACGGCCUCUCGCCCUGGUCCUUCUUCGCCGUGUACGACGGGCACGCCGGCUCGCAGGUGGCACGCUACUGCUGCGAACACCUGCUGGAGCACAUCACCAGCAACCCCGACUUCCAGGGCACCGCCGAGCUCCCACCCGAGCCGCAGCCGCAGCAGCAGUCAGAUAACGCUAGUAGUGGAGAGCCGUCCAAGGAGGAGCAGGAGCAGGAGCAGGAGGAGGAAGCCUCGGCGGGGGAGGCGGGAGACGUGCCCAGCGUGGACCAGGUGAAGAUGGGCAUCCGCACUGGCUUCCUGCAGAUCGACGAGCACAUGCGGCAGAUCUCAGAGAACCGCAAGGGCGGCGGCGGCGCCACGGACCGCAGUGGCUCGACGGCGGUUUGCGCCAUGGUGUCGCCGACGCACGUCUACUUCAUCAACUGCGGCGACUCCCGGGGCCUGCUGAGCCGCGCCGGCGACGUGCACUUCUUCACGCAGGACCACAAGCCCAGCAACCCGGCGGAGAAGGAACGCAUCCAGAACGCCGGCGGCUCCGUCAUGAUCCAGCGGGUCAACGGCUCGCUGGCCGUCUCGCGGGCCCUGGGCGACUUUGACUACAAGUGUGUGCAUGGCAAGGGGCCUACGGAGCAGCUUGUGUCUCCCGAGCCAGAGGUGUGCGCCAUCGAGCGCUCGGUGCCCCACGACGAGUUCAUCGUGCUGGCCUGCGACGGCAUCUGGGAUGUCAUGGCCAACGAAGAGCUGUGCAACUUUGUGCGCUCCCGGCUGGAGGUCACCGACGACUUGGAGAGGGUCUGCAAUGAAAUUGUCGACACCUGUCUGUACAAGGGGAGCCGGGACAACAUGAGUGUGGUGCUAGUGACUUUUGAGGGGGCACCCAAGGUGACCGCUGAGGCCGUGAAGAGGGAACAGGAGCUGGAUAAGUACCUGGAGAGCCGAGUAGAGGAGAUCCUGAAGCAGAAUGGUGAAGAGGGUGUCCCUGACAUGGUGCAUGUGAUGCGGACAUUAGCAUCAGAGAACAUCCCAAACCUACCGCCGGGCGGGGAGCUCGCCAGCAAACGAAGCGUUAUUGAAGCAGUAUACAACAAACUCAACCCCUUCAGAAACGAGGACACAGACUCAGCCUCCACAGAAGACAUGUGGUGAUCCCCCACCUCCUCCCAGCCCUCCUAAUAUACCCACCCAGCUCCCCACCUUCUGCUCUCCACACAACGCCUGCAUCGUUAAAAGAAGGGAAACAAGGAAGUGGAGGUGCUGGAGGAGGAGGAGGAGGAGGAGGAGGCGACGAAAAAGGCACCCCGCCCGCAGCACCCUAAAUGGACACCCGCCCUCCCGACCUCCUUGGUUUCUCCCCCGGGAUCUCAUCUCUUCUCUCCUCUCCGGACUCGUCCAUCGGGUUUCAGUCCUUCAGUCCUUCAGUCCUUCAUAGACUUUUUGAGGGGGCAGGGGGUGGGGGGGACGACACAUCUUACAAGGAAUAUCUCCCCCGGCCCGUACCCCCUCCUCCUCGUCCUCUCGUUCUCCCUCGACGAUCCCCUCAACUCUACAAAAUCAGCUGUUCCCCAGACCUUUCUACCACUGGUGUAAAAACGGCAUGCCUUGUAAUGGCUCCUCAGCACCUUCAGCUCCCCUUCCCCCCCCCGAGUCCGUCAUAUACCAGCCGCUUCCCUGCCCCUCCUGCCCUGCCCUGCCCUGCCCCUCCCAGCAACCCCUGCAAAGGUCUCCGUGUGCAAAGGCCUCCCACAGAGCCAUCUAAUAACAGAGUUGCGCAAACCGGGGACCAGGAAGUCGGUUGGUGAUGUGAUUCGUGUAGAUUAAAAUGUUUCUUAACAGUAAACUUCUGUUCGUUGGAAACUAACACAGAACCAUCACAUACCAAACAAAGAUUAAGUACAAACAAAUUACAUUACCUUUACCACAUUUUCUGUGUUCUACGGCCACCUCCUGGAACUAAGUAACUUCUAAUAGAACUAAAGUCAAUGGGGAUUUCCAUGUUAACGCUCUGUGAGGCUCCAUGAGAGCCGCCAUUGCUGUGGAAAGAUUGGUCCAUAGAGGUCUAUGGGAGUGGCGUAACUCUGAUAUUAGAUGGCUCUGGCCUCCCACCGCAUCAUUUCCUGCAUCCCGACAUUUUUAUCAACCAGCCAACGACCAUCCCUCCAACCAACCGUUCCAUUGCACUCUGCCCUCUAAACCCUGAAUCCUUACCAUAUUGCUUGUCAAAACCAGUUGGUUAAAACAUUUUUUUUAAACUUUGAUUCAGUUUGUUCCACUUUUUUUUCUUCUCUUUUUUGUUUGUUUGUGGUGUACAGUUGUCUAGUACAAACGUGAAGUCUGUAUCAAAUGCAGCUAUAGUGGUGGGUUACGAAAAUAAAAAAAAACGUACAAAUUGGCUGCCUUGUGUUUUCAGAAGCAUACAGCCCUGAGUUCCCUACCGCUCACCACAGCCAUCACGCUCUCUCACACCAUGUGAUUGGGCGUGUGGUCCUUGAAGAAACGGGUAUUUGACAUGGGCUUAGGGCAUGUUCAGUUUUUAUUGAUGGUUUUCUUUUUUUAUUUUGCUGUUUUUGUUUUGUUUUGUUUUGGCUCUUUUGUAUACUAAAGCACCUGCUUUGCUAAGGUAAUCUGUCUUCGUGUUGAGUUGCUUUUUUCCCUGAUGUCCAUACUGUCCAUACGCCCUCUCAUGGUGACACUAUCUCACUGAAACUCUCAAUGCUUCUUGAGACCCUUACAUUUCCAUUCACAGACAGAGCCUAACUAUUCCUUAUACCAACCAAGCUAACUUCAUCUGUUUCGUGCUUUAGUGUGUGUGUGUGCGUGCGUGCGUGCGUGCGUGCGUGUGUGUGAAUGGGUGUUGGAUUUAAAAUGCUGUGUGCUGUAAUUGUGUGACUUUCCGGGUUUGAAAUUUCCUCCUGUAAAUUUGCUGGGGUGUUGCUGAACGAAUUGGUGUAGAGUGGAAAGAUGCAACUGUUGGAUUUCCCCCUUUCACAUAAUGAUCCCUGCCACGCACACGCGCGCACACACUCACACAAACACGCUGGCAUACACACACACACACACACACACACACACACACACACACACACACACACACACACACACACACACACACACACACACACACACACACACACACACACACACACACCUGUCCUGUCAUGCUUAGCAUCUGCAGUAUGCUGGUGUGGGGAGGGAUGACGGUGCAAAGGGUUCUGGCUAGGGAGGGUAGGGUUUUACUAGUUGGUUAGACCAACCAGUAUGUCAUUUUAAAAAGAAUCGCCAGAAGUUGUUUUCAAAUGGUUUAAUAAGUGGACAUUUUUCUUUUUCUUUUUUCUCUUUUUCCUUUUGUUUUUACACUUUGAAAAUGGCUUGAGGUUUUUUUUUUGCAUUUCUUUUACUGUAUGACUUUGAAUGAAUUGUAAGGAAGAACAAUAUUUUGUUUCCCCCAUGAAUGCUCUGAGCUUGUUUGUGUGUAGAAGAGCGUGCCCCCUGUAGAGGAGGUGCGCUGGCUGUCCCAUAGGCCAAGGGAGAAUAGUCUGCUGCUAUAGUGUGUGAAUGAUUGCUGCAUCUGACUGGUUUGGUGGGUUGAUUGAUUUGAUUUGUUUAUUGAUUAAUUAACUGAUGUUUUUUUUUUGCAUUGGUUACCUUAACCACCCUCCCUUUGUCCCCUCUCCCAUUCUUUGUGGAGUUUUUUGUCAGUGAAAAUGUUUGUAACUUAUUAAGAAAAUAUAAAAAAGGUAUUGUGGCUAAUUAUAGUAAUAAUGAUGAUGAUGAUAAUAAUAUUGCCCCACCCCCAACAAUACAAGAGAGCUCAAGUAAUGUUGGUAGUUAUGGCUUUUGCCUCAAAAAAAGGAUUUUUUUUCAGUAUCUAGAGUUUUGGGUAGAUCAUUGUAAAGAAAUGGUUGUAUGGAUAGCGCAUAUUUGGUGAGUGUACCCUUCAGUGUGUGGACACUAAAAUUUAGUUUUGUGAUUUGCUGCCCCCUCCAAGGCCCUGAGACUGACAAUCAUAUAUGAUGUUAAGCUAACCCCGGCUUCCCCUUGUGAGUCUGUUCUAUUUGGCUUCAACAGCGCAUGCUUUUUCUGACCCAUCCGGAAGAUUUUGAAUUGUGCUCCCAAAAUCCCACAGAAAAAAAACACAGUCUCUCUUUAUUAUUGAUUUUGUUUUUGCACAGCUGAUGCAAAAAAUGAGCAAAUGUCCUCAAAACAGUGUUUAAAACAAUGUGGCAUUUGGACAUCCUGCCCCUUUGCACACAUGUAAAUGAUGUACUAUAUGGCCAGGCCUCAUGUCUCUGUAUACUGACUUUUCUCACGUUGUUGUUGAAAAGAAAAUCCAUCGCCCGCCAAUCUGAUAUUUAGUAAUAACUUAGCAGUUUAAAAAAAAUGUAGAACUAAAGCCUUUAGUAUAAUAAUUGUGAUUAUGGCCCAGUCCUAUAUUUUACCCCCCAGUGUCACUGUGUGCAAAGGGAACCAAAAAAAAAGAGUGGAAAAACAUGCAUUGGUAGACCCCUGUCACCACACAUUAUGCCUAAGAAAAGCAGUGUUUUUACCUCUGUUUUGAGUGGAUGUGAGCGAUCUUUUUGUUCACAAUCAAGCUGCUCUAUAGAGAAGCCCUGGUCAUCUGUUGUGCACAUAAGCUAAGCUAUUUUUAUUAAAUGAUUAAUAUGUAUAUUUGUACUCAUUUAUAAAUAUGUACACAAAUGAAGUAAUCAAGGAAAAUCAGUCCUCCUCUUAACCCAUUCAGAUCCUCGUAAAACUGUUUUUUCUGUCUGUCAUUUUAAUAUUUUCAGACUGGAAAUAAACCUAUUUUAUUUGA